AUAUUAUUAGUCGGAUCAGACUAAUCAAUGUCAGUACUCCAAUUGAUAAACACCUGAGGCUCUGUCUCCCUCGUUUCUAUCGCUCAUUCCUUACCGCCCCUCAUCUCUUUUGUUGGGUCGUUUCUCCUUUUCUUAAUAACAGCAAUUCUUUUUAGGUGGAUAAUAGAUUCCUAGAUGGCUUUAGCAAUGCUAUCUCUUGCGUCUGUUUCUCCAUCUGCUUCACUUUCACUGCAAGAGAAUUUCAAGACAAAUUGGAAGAGUGGAACUUCGAGUCUAAUUAACUUCUUGGGUUCAGAUUUUAGUAAGACAAAGUCUUACACUCGGACAAGCAUGACUGUUGCUGUCAAAGUUUCCCGAUUCAAUGACAUAACAAUGGCUCCUCCUGACCCUAUCCUCGGAGUUUCUGAAGCAUUUAAAGCUGACACAAAUGAAAUGAAGCUUAACCUUGGUGUGGGUGCUUAUCGUACCGAAGAUCUUCAACCAUAUGUACUUAAUGUUGUUAAGAAGGCAGAAAAUCUCAUGUUGGAAAGAGGAGAAAACAAAGAGUAUCUUCCAAUCGAAGGCUUGGCAGCCUUUAACAAGGUGACAGCAGAAUUAUUGUUUGGGGCUGACAAUACAGUUAUUCAGCAACAAAGAGUUGCCACCGUUCAAGGUCUUUCAGGAACUGGGUCUCUGCGGCUUGCUGCAGCACUCAUAGAGCGAUAUUUUCCUGGUGCCAAAGUUUUAAUAUCAUCUCCGACCUGGGGAAACCAUAAGAACAUUUUCAAUGAUGCUCGAGUUCCUUGGUCGGAAUAUCGGUAUUAUGACCCCAAAACUGUUGGUUUGGAUUUUGAUGGGAUGAUAUCAGACAUAAAGGCAGCACCUGAUGGAUCUUUUGUGUUACUUCACGGUUGUGCGCACAAUCCAACUGGCAUUGAUCCCACCCCUGAACAAUGGGAAAAAAUUGCUGAUGUCAUUCAAGAGAAAAGUCAUAUUCCAUUUUUUGAUGUUGCCUACCAGGGCUUUGCAAGUGGUAGCCUGGAUGAAGAUGCAUCAUCUGUGAGAUUAUUUGUCGCACGAGGUGUGGAGCUUUUCGUUGCUCAGUCAUAUAGUAAAAACUUGGGUCUUUAUGCAGAAAGGAUUGGAGCAAUCAAUGUUGUCUGUGCAUCAUCAGAUGCAGCCGCAAGGGUAAAGAGCCAACUCAAAAGACUUGCACGGCCUAUGUACUCAAAUCCUCCCAUACAUGGAGCUAGGAUCGUAGCCAAUGUUGUUGGAAGUCCAGAGCUUUUCAAUCAAUGGAAGGAGGAGAUGGAAAUGAUGGCUGGAAGAAUAAGAAGCGUCAGACAGAAAUUGUAUGAUAGCCUCUGUGCAAAAGAUAAGAGUGGGAAGGACUGGUCAUUUAUUCUCAAACAGAUUGGCAUGUUUUCCUUCACUGGACUGAGCAAAACUCAGACUGAGAAUAUGACCAGCAAGUGGCAUGUUUACAUGACGAAGGACGGGAGAAUAUCCUUAGCUGGACUAUCUUCGGCCAAAUGUGAAUACCUUGCAGAUGCCAUUGUUGAUUCAUACCACAAUGUGAAGUAGAAGAGGAGAAGAUCAUAAGAUACAAAUUCCACAUAAACUCCUGAAGAAUUUUGAUGAAUUUAUCACUUCAAAUGUCGUUACAUAGCGUUUUUCUUUGUUAAUCUGUACGAGGAAAUUUUGGACAUCAAUAUUGUGCGUAGAAAUUUUUGAACGAUUGCAUCUGCAUCAAAUAGUUGAAGAAUAGUGGGGAAUAAAUAAAUAUGGCUUCUUGAAUGCUGGCCAAGUCUUUCCAAGUUG